AUGGCUUCUCAAAGCGAAGAUGAUGCCGUGAUUAUCGACCGAGAUGAUAUCAGCAACUACAAUCCCGAACAGAUCCUGCCCGAAUCCUCCGAGGUCAUUCAGAAAAUCAGAGCCUGGCUGAAACCUACUUCGUAUAGCUUCGAAAGCAGUGAGUACCACAAGCACCUAUGUUCUCACGCCCCAGGUACCGGCGACUGGUUGACGGCUAGUCAAUCUUACAAGCACUGGCUGCAGAGCGAAUCCAUCGGUCUGCUAUGGAUCAAAGGAAUUCCGGGGUCUGGAAAAUCGGUAUUGGCUUCAAAAAUCAUCAAGGAACUUUCGGGCAACAAUCAAGGGAGCCCGGUGCUUUACUUCUUCUUUCGACAAAUAAUUGACGCGAACCACGAACCGGCCGCACUUCUCAGAGACUGGCUUGACCAAAUCUUGACGUACAGCCCGCCACUCCAAAAGCGGUUGAAAGGGUACGUCGUGAAAGAGGGAUACAGCGACAAAACUCGAUUGCUUGCUACCAUGUCGAUGCAAGACCUGUGGGACGAACUUCGACUGGCAAUUUCGGGACUGCCCGGUAUAGUCUACUGUGUCGCCGAUGCUCUCGACGAAAUGGAUCGUGACAACGACGUCUUUGUACAAGCAUUGGCCAAGCUUGGCAGCUGGAAUCCCUCAAAGGUGAAAGUCCUCAUCACGAGUCGUCCGGUUCCUGCCGUUGAGGGCCCUCUACGACAUGCCAAGUGCAACCAGAUUCGUCUUCAAGAGAACAUGGUAGACGCUGAUAUUUCGACAUUUGUGCGACAGGCGUUGAGUUCUUCGAGCAUCUCCGACCAUGAUCGACAGCUCAUCCAAGAGGCCAUACCAGGUCGGGCUAAUGGCCUCUUCCUCUAUGCAAAGCUGGCAAUGGACUCUUUCCUCGAGCCAGGGGCCGAUAUCAAGGCGGUUAUCACCCAUCUGCCAGCCGAUAUGAACCAAAUGUACACCGAUUUACUCCAUGAACACUCCUCCAGAUCAGGAGUCCUUGGCGCCGUUCAACGUCUGAUCCUGCAAUGGAUUACCCACGCAACCCGUCCUCUUAGACUCCUUGAGAUAGCUGAGAUGAUCAACGUCACCUACAACGGUGCCGAUCAGGACUUGAAGGGCGCCAAAGACCUCGUUAGGGCUGCAUGUGGUCCUCUCUUGGAAAUCUUGCCGGACGAGACCGUGUGUGUUAUUCAUCAUUCUUUCACAGAAUACCUCAAGGGCACGACCAGAUCAUCUGAUGAUGAAGGUUACCCGGUCCUUCAGGAUGGGGAGACAAAUGCUAGCCUCGGAUCGGCUUGCCUGGCUUAUUUGCUCUCCGGAGUCUUUGACGAAGCCACAGAAGCAAGAGACACCCCAAUCGUCAAACUGAAGCUGAAGUACCCCUUCUUAGCUUAUGCACUGGAUAAUUGGCAUGUCCAUGUCGCUAGAUCGACAGCUGCAGGCCACGACCAGACCAACGUUAACAUGACGCUUGAUAAGCUGAUGCGUGAUCCAGAUUCAAAGUAUACCUGGGUCAAACUUCAGUGGUUCACCAUGGACUAUGCCGACUCUGGCAUAACGCUUCUCCAUAUCGCUGCAAUGCAUGGGCUCACUGCAUACGCAAAACAUCUUCUUUCGUCUCCCGAAACUAAUGUAGAUGCGGUGGAUGCCCGCGGCAAGACUCCCCUUUGGUGGGCUGCUUCAAAUGGGAUGACCAACGUUGUUCAGGUCCUCAUAGACGCUGGUGCGAAUCCGGAUCAGGACGAGACUACGAGUGGUCGCAAGCCCUUGCAUGAGGCUGCCUUGAAGAACCAUUCAGAGGUUAUCAACGUCCUUUUGAGCGCUGGAGUGGACCCCUUGACGAAGAAGACUAUGGAAAAUGCGGGACGUCGGUGCGGAAACGCACCACGUUCGAAGGGACAUACGCCUCUGAUGUAUGCUUGCAAACAUGGGCACAUCGAGGCCCUGGAGGCAUUUCUGCCUUUCCUCAAGGAUGAAGAAUCAAUUCACCAGGCUCUUGCAUGGUCUGCUGGAGCAGGCCGACAUGAUUUGGUACAGCGGAUCCUCCAACAACCUGGGGUUGAUAUCAACCAUAAGAUUUGCGGCGGGACACCUCUCUUUAUGGCAAGCCGGAGCACUCACAUCAAGACUAUGGAGCUUCUCCUAAACGAGGGGGCCGAUCCAACAAUGCGUUGCGAGUUUUAUGACGAGUUUGCUGGGAUGGGCGCCAGGAGGAUGUUGUUGCCUCACGAAGAAAACGAUCAACACCGAGUUGUUGGAAUUACACCUUUGUACGCCGCUCUCGAACAGUCAAACAGAGGCAGUGCCCCACAAGCUGAGCCUGAUAAGCUGAAGAGUCUGCUAGACUUGUUCAUCGAAAAGGGAGCCGACAUUCACGAUAGGUCUCCUUCCGGUAAUUCUCUGCUACACGUAACCAGCGGCAAUCCCGUGUGGCUAAGAAUUCUGCUCGAUGCAGGUGUCGAUGCCAAUGUCGCUAAUAACGAUGGCUGCACUGCCCUCCAUGGGACUAUGUUGGUCGAUUCUCUGUCUCUACUUGUAGAAGUUGGUCAGGCCGAAAUCAACAGGAGGGCAACUUCAAAUGGGAAAACACCGCUUCUCCUCUCCCUUGGUCGCUACGACACCAGCGUGACCCUCAAGCUCAUUGAGUACGGCGCCGAUUGCACCAUCGUUGAUAAUGACGGCAAUGGGCCUUUACACAUUUCCUUGCAAUCCUACAGCUCACAACCUCAGAUCAUAGAAGCGCUCUUACAAGCUGGCGCAGACCUAAAUGUGAGAAACAAAUCCGGACAAACGCCCCUGGACGAUAUGUUCUCGCGGAACUCAGGGGUUUUCGAUUUGAUGAACGUCAUGAUCCAAGCAGGUGUAGAUAUCAAUGCAAGAGACAAAAAUGGCGCGACACUCCUCUUUCGGACCAUCUCAGGACAAGCUUCCAGAUCGAAGAAGGAGUUUCAUGAUACGAUCAUGAAGCUCCUGAAAGGUGGUGCCAUGUUAGAAGCUCGAGAUUUUAAAGGAAGGACCCUUCUACAUGAGGUUGUCAAGACAGAGGCAGGCUAUGCCUCUUUUGUCCGACCGGAGUUAGGUCCGUCCACCUUUGAUUUCCUUGUGAGUCUGGGUCUGGACGUUCAUGAAACCGACUAUCAGGGCAACACUUUACUCCACGAAUUAUGUUGGCGUUUCAACACCGAAUAUAGAACAAAGGAUAUGUUAGACAUGUUGAAAAUGUUCCUCGACUUGGGCCUUGACGUCAAUCGACCUAAUCAUCGUGGUCGAACACCGCUUCAUCGGCUUUGUACCAAGGCUGAGGGUAGUCGUGUGGACAAGGUUGAGACCUGCUUGGACCUGGUCAUUUCUCGUACAAAAGAUAUCAAUGUUCGCGACAAGGAAGGAAUAGCCCCCUUACAUCUAGCCGUAACUGUUUCAGAGUACCUUACUGAGAAGCUGCUUGGCGCAGGUGCGGACCCUACGAUCGAGACCUACGAAGGGUUGACGCCGCUUCACCUCGCCGCCAGAUGUCGGCAGGCUAAUAUCGUUGGCAUGCUUCUUGACGCUCUUCAUAGGCGGGAUUUGGGCCAGUCAUUUGGCGGUUCGGAAAACAGAGGAGUCUGGCUGAAGGAGCCAAAUACUAGCCCGAUCACUGGAGUCAACGCUACAGCCAACAAAACCAUCCGCGGGUGUGACUGCACACCACUGUGUUAUGCUACUCUCUCAGGGCGGCCAGAGGUUGUCUCGAUGUUGCUUGGAGCUGGAGCAAAUGCGAAGGGGGUGCAGUUACGGUCCGCAAUCACUGAAUUCGAAGAUGAGCUCGAGCUAUGGCGUAGGAGAUCACCCCAUGACAAUGAGAAUGGGGCAUGUGGAGGUCUUACGAUGGAAGACGGCUCACGCCCGUACCUGAGUAGUCGGCGUAAUGGCAGAGACACACUCGAUCCACUCGAAGACACGGCAAGACUGGAAGAGAUCAUAGAGAUGAUCCUUGAACGUGGUGCUGAUCUGACUAAGCAAAAUCUCUGGGGCACAAACGACACACAAUUCGGUUCCCUGACUGACACGACAUCUGACUGCCGAGAGUAUGCGUUGAAGUGCUUAUCAGAUGCUAUCAAGACGCGGCCAUUGAAGAACCCCAAGGUAGCAACACAGAGUGCACAGAGAUUGUCUACAUUUGACGAGAAGCUCCUCCCUCACCGACGUGACGCCAUAUACAAGGCACUCUGUGAGCCUGGCGUUGUUGUACCAGGAAAACCAAACGAGACUUUGUUCAUCACGCGACUUAGACGUCGCGAGUACGAUGUGAUGGAGGAGUUGUUCAAUCUGGGCAUGGACUUCCUGGCUCCUCAUCAGAAUGGGCUUACUAACUUGGGUGCCCUCGUCAGGGGAGGGUUCACUUCUCUAGUCAAUCGCAUUGGCUUUCUCGUGGCUCAAGCACAGGUAGAAAAGGGCAUUUGGGUUGCUUCGGGCGACGAGAAACUGCCUGUAUUCGGCCAUAACAAAACAUGGACUCACGAUGUGUCAGACUACAUCAGCAACGAAUACCGCCAGCCAUUUUUGUUACAAGCAGUCCACCAAGAGGCUCCCAUUUUCGAUAUGGUCCAGCUUCUUGUAGAGAACUUUGGCGUUGACAUCGAUCAGCUGAGCGGAGAAUCCAAGAAGGCUGGCGAAAUUGGCAUGGCGAAAGAUAGUGCCCUGCACUCGCUUUCCAAAGGCUAUCACUGGUGGCACGUCGCUCAGGCUCUACCGUACCUGAUCAGCAAGGGCGCAGAUCUGGAGAUUAGAAACUUCAGAGGGCAGACGCCGCUCCAUAUGGCCCUGGGCACAGAAGAUGGCAUCGGACUGUUUCAUAAGGACGCCGCUCGCCAAUUGAUCUUGAGUGGAGCAGAUGUUAACGCUGUGGACAAGCCGGGUCGAAGCUGUCUUUCUUAUGCAGGUCACGAUGUCGAUCUGACCCGUUUCUUGGUCAAGCACGGCGCGAUAGUUCACGCCGAUGCGGUCUUUGGUGCUAUCAACAAGAUGCAGCCCGAAGUGCUCGAAGCUCUCUUGUCUGCCGGUGGUAAUGCCAACAUUCGGCUUGAGAAGAACGACAAAGUACCCUGGAAACCCCAGAAUCGUCAAUGGGACCUGAGUGGUCUCCCAGAUGCCGAGUGGUACCCCUUACAUCGCGCUGCGGCGAAAACUUGCAGAAACGCUUACGCACAUGACCAGAAGGAAAGGACAGAGGUUCACUCAAGCGCCCUCAGCUUGAUCGAGGUCCUCUUGUCUCAUGGAGCUGACCCGCUGGCUACGUUUGUGAGAUGCUCUGGGAAAGACUGCUACCACCAGAAAAUUUACUUUCGGCGGCAAGAGGAAAGCUUUUACGCAUCAAGUCGCUUUGGCGAGCUACCCGAUGGAUACGACACUACACAAGACCCAGACUACUCCGUUGAGCCGCAACUACAUGAGGAAUGUGUCGUCCUGCACCAGCUCAUAGGUGGCGGACACAUUGUGCAUCCCUUCUUGAAGCUGCCGGGGAUAGACGCCAAUCAUCGAGACGGCAGUGGUCGAACUCUUCUCCAUGCUGCUUGCUCCUCUAAACGGGGUCCCGAUGUACCCCUGAGCUUAUUGCCAGGAGAUCCAUGGGAUCCCAAGACAUCGAAGGAGGUAUCGCUCUUCCAUCAUCUCGUCUCUCUCGGCGCGGAUGUGGAAACACGAGACAACAAGAGGCAGAACGUACUUCAUCACAUGCUCAGACCUCCUUCGAAGCUAUUCGUUCAACCGCCAAUUAUCGAAAAAUCACUUGCGCAUGUGCUGGAGAAGCAUCCGUCGAUUAUCGACCAGAAGGACGAGAACGGAAAGACGCCGUUGUACCUGGCCGUCCACCGCGCUCUCUACGAGAAGAGUACGACCGCAGCCGAGGCACUUCUCAGAGCCGGAGCGGACCCCCUCAUUGCAGAUAACGAAGGCAACACUGUCCUACACGUUCUCUCUCGCAUGCUCUGGAUUUCCACCAUGAGGCCCCUAUUCGAUACGCUCAUCGAGCGCGGGUGUGAUGUCAACGCUCGCAAUUCGAAGGGGGAGACGCCGCUGUUCUGGUACUACGCGGGGUUCAGGGCCGACUAUCAUGACAUCUACACGCACAAUCGUGACCCGGAGACGUACGACGAAGAGGGAGGGAUCGCGGCGUUCGAAGAAGCGGGCGCGGAUUUCCGAGCGCUGGAUAAUGACGGACAAAGCUUGUUGCACAUUGCGGCGGAAGGUCACGUUCUUCGGUUCAAGACUUUGACGGCAAAGGGGCUGGAUCCCAUGUUGGAGGAUAAUAGUAGGAAGACUGCGGUCGACGUCGCGGCUGCGUGUGGUAACAAGGGGGUGUUGAAGCUUUUCAGGCGGGCUGAUGCUGUGGAUGAUUCGGAUGGCGACAACGACGAUGAGUCGCUUGAUCUGAAUGAUGUUUUCUGGGCUUGUUAG